GGAGCGGAAGUGUCUCGUCUAAACUGCGGACUGGAGAAAUGACGGAGGCAGAGCUUUACACUGUCUACAAGGGGGUGUUCGUCCCGUCACAUCUGCACCCCCAAAACAGCCUCAAAUAUUACGAGGAGUUCACUUUCCGACCGGAUGACAUUCUGAUCGUCACAUAUCCAAAGUCAGGUACAACAUGGAUGCAGGAGAUUCUUCCUCUCAUCAUGAGCGGUGGAGACCCUGCAUCGGUGGAGACUCUUCCAAAUUGGGAUCGCGUGCCAUGGAUGGAGGAGAUGCGUGCCUGUGUCCUGAACUUGGAAGAAAGGCCGUCUCCUCGAAUCUUCGCCACACAUUUCCACUACAACAUGAUGCCGAAAUCCUUCUUUGAAGUCCGGCCAAAGGUCAUCUACGUGAUGAGAAAUCCGAAAGAUGUGUUUACAUCCUCCUUUCAUUAUUAUGGGAUGGCAUCAUACCUGGUAGAUCCUGGUCCCAAAGCUGAAUUCCUCCGGAAGUUUCUCGAUGGUCAAAUCAUGUUUGGGUCCUGGUUCGAUCAUGUGAAGGGGUGGCUGGCCUCUGAUAACAAGGAGCGAGUGAUGUACAUCUCCUAUGAAGAAAUGAAAAUGGACCUGAAGGACGCUGUCACCAGAAUGGUUCAGUUUUUGGGAAAAUCUCUGGAGGCUGACGUGAUUGAGAAGAUAGCUGAUCGGUGUUUGUUCCACAACAUGAAGCAAAACAAGAUGUCAAACUACUCUUUGGUUGGCCGGGAAUACAUGGACCAGGAAAAGUCAGAAUUCCUCAGAAAAGGGAUUGUUGGGGACUGGAAGAAUCUGCUGACAGUGGCAGAAUCAGAACACUUUGACCAAGUUUUCAGAGACAAAAUGAAAGAUGUGAAGUACAAGUUUUUGUGGGAUUAAACAAGAUGUAGCUGUCCUCACGCAGAGUCAGUUAUGAGUUUUUUCUUCACUAUUUGACUGAAAGGAUCGCUUCCAGAUGUGGACUGUACUAUUUGUGUGAAGGAAAGAAAUCAACCGUCUAUAUCAAAUCAUGAACUCAUGUAAAGCAAUAUAUGUAUGAAUGCUUCUCAAACUUAAGAGAUCACUUAAGUAGUCUUAUUUUUCCAGGAGCUCAUUGGUUUUAAAAUGUGGUGUUGGGACGGUGUCUUUGUAUGGUGCACGGUGAUGUUUUGUGUUGGAUAAAAUUUGUUCUCUGACCUUGGAUCUCUUUUUUUGUCACUAUUGUCUGUUGUUGGUGACUUGAAUGAUAUGACGCUGAUGGCCGAGAUGAGAAAAGCAAUCUUAGCUUUGCUAAGAUCAGAGGAACGUCCAACACUAAGCUAACUUUGAUUCAGGUCUUCAUGGAUCAAAUGAAAUAUGACCACUUUUAUACUCCUUACCUACUUAAAAGAUACUUAGCCUGUUCUGAAGGAACAAUCACUGGAUCAAACCCGGUAAAUCUGUGACGUAAGUUUCUCAUAUUCUUGCAGUAGUUUUUGUAAGGGGAGAAAGUUGUAGCAUUCAAAUCUCAUGUCCUCUCACUCAAAUGUCUUCAUGAAUGAGCAUAGAUAUAUUGGUUCUGUUGAAAUAUACCUUGUUCUUCUAGCCAAAAGAUGAAGAGUGUCAUGAGUAAUAGGUGAAGUAAGUUUGAAGAAUGGGGAACAAGUUGCAAGUCCUUUGGCGUCGUCAGUACUCUGCCGAGCAUGUUACUGCUCUUCUGGAACCUUUUGGCCUGAAGGUUCACCACACAUGGGCUGUGAAACUGACUGCCACACCUGUGGAUUUCAAAUGUGAACAAACAGGAACAUACAGUAUCGAAGGGGUGGAGUCAAGAAGCAGCAUCAAACCCCACCCGAAAAUGAUGUAUUGUUGACCUUUACUAAGAGAGUAUAAACCCAGUUCAUCAUGAUCUCUAUAUUCAUUUAACUAUUCAUGUAAUGAGUUGACCAACGUCCCAUUCCUCAG